UUUUCCUUCAUAGGCCUAUAUAACUAACUAAAGUCGCCAUUCACUACCAUCUCUUUUAUUACUCCGUAAAAAAAAAAAUCCCCAGACAAUUAUCGACUGUUUGCAAUUAGGGUUUUUCUGUCUCGUCCUUCCUCUUCCAUUGAGUUUGAUCGAAGUUUAGCGUUUCAACCGAAGUACGAUGAGGCCUGUUUUCGUCGGGAAUUUUGAGUAUGAUACUCGUCAAAAUGAUCUCGAGCGACUUUUCUCCAAGUACGGCAGAGUUGAUCGCGUUGAUAUGAAAUCUGGGUUUGCUUUUGUUUACUUCGUUGAUGAGCGUGAUGCGGACGAUGCCAUUCGUGCUCUAGACAAUGUUCCGUUUGGCCAUGACAAACGCAGGCUGUCAGUGGAGUGGGCCAGGGGUGAAAGGGGCAAGGCCCGUGAUGGAUCCAAGGGAACAAGUCAGAGAGUUACUAAGACCUUAUUUGUCAUAAACUUUGAUCAAAUAAGAACACGUGACCGGGAUCUAGAGAGACACUUUGAACCUUAUGGAAAGAUUUUGAGCGUCCGAAUUCGGCGGAACUUUGCAUUUGUGCAGUUUGAAACUCAGGAAGAUGCAACUAAGGCUCUUGAAUGCACCAACAUGAGCAAGCUGUUGGACAGGGUAAUCUCAGUUGAAUAUGCCCUCCGUGAUGACGACGAAAGAGAUGACAGGCGUGCGCCGCGUGGCAGUCCAAGAGGUUAUGGCCGGAGUCCUCUGCGUCGCUCACCAAGUCCACAUUUUCGUCGCAAUCGGCCAAGUCCUGACUAUGGUCGACCUCGUAGCCCUGUUUAUGAUCGAUAUGAUGGUCCAGCUUACGAGAGGCGUCGUAGUCCUGAUUAUAUUCGAUACCGCAGCCGAUCACCAAUUCGGAGGUCAAGAACUUGAAAGCUUCAAGCACUCAUCACCAAUUCGGAUAUGGAAAUACUAGUCUAGUGUUCUCUUGAAAUGAAUCUAGUUUGAGAAAUUUAGAAUUUUGCAGUGUACUUACCUGUAAUCAAUAUUCUGUGGAAUACUUUGUUCUAUAUCUCUGUGAAAACAUCAAUGUGUUUGAUUCACAUUGUGAAAUAUUUAUGGUGUUGAUCUAUGUCUAUGGUUUUGGUAUCUUUAUGCA